AUGGCUGGUACUCGGUUAGCAGGCAAAGUUGCCAUUGUCACAGGUGGUUCAUCCGGCUUUGGGGCAGCAACAGCACAACUAUUCGCGUCAGAGGGAGCCUUCGUCUUGAUCGCAGAUUUGAACGAGGCAGGCGGCGUCCAACUCGCAGCCAGCAAUCCCGAGAAGAUCGUCUUCCAAAAAGCCAACAUCGCCACCCAAGAAACAUGGCAGCAGCUAGUCCAGACCGCGGAAGAGAAGUUCGGCCGUCUCGAUAUCGUCGUCAACAAUGCUGGCACCAGCUACGCGAAUAAGCCAACGCUACAAGUCACGGAGGCAGAGUUCGACUUGACGAUGGAUGUUAAUGUGAAGAGUAUCUUCUGGAGUGUGAAGGUGUGCGUGCCGGCCAUGUUGAAGAAUGGCAAGAAGAGUGGUGCUUUUGUUAACGUUGCCUCGAUUGGCGCGACGAGGCCGAGGCCCGGUCUUGUAUGGUACGCUGCUAGCAAAGGCACUGUUGCUAAUGCUACAAAAGGCCUCGCCGCCGAGUUCGCGCCCAUGGGAAUCCGAGUCAAUUCGGUAUGCCCGUUGAUGGCCGCGACAGGUCUGUGGGAGAAGUUCACCGGCAUGCCCGACACGCCAGAGAACCGUGAGAAGUUCACCAAGGAUGUUCCAAUGGGCCGCUUGACUGAGCCCAUCGAUGUGGCAAAGGCUAUCCUGUUCCUUGCGAGUGACGAUGCAGCGUUCAUUGUCGGCGAGAACCUGCUUGUGGAUGGCGGGAAGACCAUUUAA